CAGAAAGAAGAAUGUAUCAGCUUGGGGCACGUGAACAGCAGAGCACAGCAUAAAUAAAGCUUGUUCUUGUAAUAAAUUUGGCUUGAUCAUAUUGAUCAUGGCAAGAUGUCCCAUUGCUGAUCCUCCGCAGAUGUCACCUGAUAGGGGACCCCAACUGGUAUCUGAGGUGUGGCAGCAACUCAGUGAGCAGUGGGGAGAGGGACUGGGGGAGACUGGUGGGACAUGGGACUGUGUGAUUUGGGUUGUGGGUGGUGAGCAGUAAGAGAGAGACUAGAAAGUUUCAGAUCCCUCAGUAGUGCUGGACGGAGCUUAAAGAUGAACGGGCAAAAGCAAGAAAAGGAAGUAGAAGAGUGGAUACCAGGAUGAAUGUGGAUGGAAUCCAUGGAGAAACAGGUAAAGGAGCUCCUGUGAGGGUCUUUUGCAAAUUCUUGGCCACAGAAGAAGCAGCUCCUGCACCAAGCAGAAGUUGCAGGAAAGGUCAUCUGGCAUCUUGGGGCCCUCAGGGAAACCCACACCCAGAAACCCCUUUGGGUGACCCUCCAGUGCCAUAAAAGGACUUCUAGAAAGAGGCGGAACCAUGCAAAUUAUUUCCAGAGAAAGUGAUGUAUCUGCAUUAGCUAAGAAGCCCCUUCUAAUGAAUAUUUAUAAUUGUGGUGGAUGAAAACCCCAUGGCAAAGUCCCCCCUGAGCUGCAGGACCAGGAGAGGCCAGCUGAAAGUCCAAGCUGAUAAAGGAUUCCGUUUUUCUGAUACCUGCAGUUCCAUCAGGGUGUUCCCUCCGGCCAAAUUCAGGUUCCCACACUGCUCCUGGUGGCCCCUCCCUGCCAUGGCCCUCCUGGCUGGCACCCUGACACUGCUGGCAAUGACCAUGGCCACCUUGGCCAUCAAGGUGGUGCCCCUGGACAUGGCCUGGGAUUCCUUUGAUGACCAGUACGAGGGCUGUGGCCCUACCAUGAUCUCAGUGUUGCCAUCCCUCUACAACUUUGAGUACCAGAAGAAUCCUCUCUUUGCCUGGGGCUGGUAUCAUGCUGAUGCUGAGUGGCACAAGCGGGGCUCUCCUGUCUCCCCUCUGGCAUCCCAGUGGCAGGCCGUGGCUCUCAUGGCCUACACAUCCCAGGACGUGUACAAGGAGUUCAACGCGGCCUUGCACAUGGCCGGGCGCUCCCUCCAGGAAUACCGGAACAACUUCCACUUCAAAACGCUGCAUUUCCUGCUGACGGAUGCCCUGGUGACACUGAGGCACGCUCAGAAAACAAAGUGUCACCAUGUGUUCCGUGGGGUGCGUGGUGUUCGCUUUAAGGCAUGGCGUGGCCAGACCAUCCGGUUUGGUCAAUUCACAUCGACAACGCCGCGUAAAGAGAUUGCUCUGCGAUUUGGGACAGACACAAUAUUUGAGGUUCAGACGUGCCAUGGUGUGGACAUCCGGCAGUUCUCCAUGUAUCCAGGGGAGGAGGAGGUUCUGAUCCCUCCAUUCGAGACCUUUAAGGUCACCAAAGUCAUCUGGGAUGGGACAAGGACAUGGAUCUGGCUGCGCUCCACCGGGACCUUCAGCAAACACAACUGCAAGUGGCACUGAGGUGACCACAGGGGACAGCCUGGGCGAUGGGGACACCCACUGUGGCCUUGGGGACACCCACGAUAAGGCCCAGGGGACAAUGACACUCACUGGGAAUUGGGGAGAAAGGGACAUCCGCUGCAUGUGGGGAGACGAGGACACCCAUAGUUGGGGACAAGGACAGGGAUACACAGUGCUGGGGACACCCAGUGAGAAUGUGGGGACUGGAACACCCAUCAGUGGGGACACUCACUGUGGACAGGGGACACCCAUGACAGGGCAGAGGGAUGGAGACUCUCACAUCUCGGACGAGAUAGGGACAGGCUCAUGGACAGGGACAGAGGCGUCUUUUUCACAUGGGUGUGUCCAACUUCAUAGUGGUUUAACGAACUGUCAGUUACACAAAAAACUUUUGCCUCACUUCCCUAAACUCCUCCGGUGUCAAACUAUGAAACUGCAAAAAUCAAUGCUGUGGGGACGGGCCCUGUGUGCUGGAUGUGGGUGGACCAGGACCCUACAUGGCACUCCCUGAACCGCUGUCACUCCCCAUGGCACCCCCUAACUCCCCUGAACCCCUGUCACCCUUAAGCCCACAUGACCCCGACCGACCUCCCUGGUCCCUCUACCCCUCUGUGCUCACCUCCCUGGCCCUAUCUACCACCAGAUUCACACAAUCUGUUUGUAGAGACACUUCCCUCUUCUUUCUUUCAUAGUAGAAUUAAUUGUAGUGUGGAAAUAGAGUUAGCUCGGGUUUAAAUCCUGAAUAUGUGAGAAUGCACAGAAUUUGGGCAAGAAUGUAAAUGAAUGAAUUUCCAAAGAAAUAAAAGGCAGUUAGCGAGACGCUGGGGGCUGGGGGGACGGGCUGGGGAGGAUUUUUUUUUCCUCUCCUCUUCCCCUUCCUCUUCCUCUUCUCUUUUCAAUUUUUUCCCUUUUCCUCCAGGGAAGAUGGCAGAGGUGGCCUUGGUGUCCACAUUUUUCUGCGGGACAUGGUGGCCAUGGUGAUCAUGGAGACCAUGGUGACUGUGAACAACACUGCUCACUUUAAAAUGUUAAAGGUUUAUUAAACCACAACAAACACAACCAAGGGACUGAAUAAGGAAAAUAGGCAGCACUGGGAGCAUGGCUGAGUGCCAGCGGCUCAUCCACAAAAUGGCGGCUUUGCCUUUUUUUAACCCCAGUGUUGCGUCAGCCAACCCUGGCUCUCCCAAAGUCUGCCAUUCAACCCUUCUGCCAUUCAACCCUUCUUUGCCGUCUGUUGGUGGAGACCUUGUUGUACCUUGACUGGUGGUGAGGUGUUGUCGUGCCAUGCCUCCGCAACAAGAGGCUUUCCCCAUUCCAACAGCCCCAUGAAAGGGACACAGGUACACGCCCACCAUCCACAUGUCCCUGACAACCCCAACAGCUAGGGCCAUCCUGUGGGAACAAUAGAGAAGUGGGGAAAGGGGACUGUGGGGAGAGCUAAGGGUGUCUGAAAACCAAACUACAAUCACACAACCAUAAAUCAAGAAAGCUUCUCUUAGCUGACACACAAUAUUCAUCCCUUAAUUGUGAGAGCCAAUCAUCAUGUUACCUAUCUAUACCAAAGCUGUGUUUGCCCCAUCCCUGGAAGGGUUCAAGGCCAGGCUGGGCAGGGCCUGGAGCAGCCUGGCCCAGGGGAAGAUGUCCCUGCCCAUGGCAGGGCUGGCACCGGAUGGGCUUGAAGGUGGC